AAGGUCUAGCUAAAAAAAAGCUCGGAGAAGAUUCAAUCAACGUAACUAAUGUCCGGCGAAGUGUUUCUAUGUCGGAUAAUAAAAGUAAAUCAUAUCUAAACAACAAAUCUGAAAAAGUGCCGUUGUUGAAUGGGGCUUCUGAUGAUACGCAUAAAGAUAAAACUGUCAUAGUGCCAGUUAUGAUCGAUAGUGAAUUCGAUAAAUUCUUUGGCAGCCCAACACCCAGUCAAACAGAUGCUCAAAUGGGUGAUGUUGAUUUCGAUCAGAUAAAAUCAUUUAGAACCACCAUGCUUGUUCACCGUAAAAAAGUAAAAGUUCCUCAAAGAAAGCACGAAGGAUCGAAAAAUCCAAUAAAAGCAUUAGCCUCAAAUCAAGACUUGACACAGCAACAGUAUACCGAAAAUAAGUCAAAUAUUGUAUUGCAACAGCACUUGGAAAAUUGUAAUUUUACUUAA